AUGGGUUCUUCAGUUCUUCCGUCGGUCUCGCCACUGAAGGUAGGGUUCUUUCAGACUCUUGAAUCAGUGUCUGAGGACACGGUCCUGAUUCGAGAUGAGUUGUAUGGCGACCAUACAAUUUCAGAGCCUGUAUUAGUGGAGCUAUUACGUUCUCCUGUACUCCUCCGAUUAAUAGGUAUCUGUCAACAUGGCGUGACAGGUUUAUUAGGCUUGACUCCCAGAAUAACCCGCUUCGAGCAUUCUGUGGGCGCACUCCUGCUGGUACGCAAAGUUCGUGGUAGCCUCGAGGAGCAGGUUGCCGCCCUUCUUCACGACAUCAGUCAUACCACACUCAGUCAUGUUGUUGACUGGGCAUUUUCAAAGCCCGGCGAGGGAAGUUUUCACGAAGUUCACAAAGCACGCUAUGUCAAGAAGACUCCACUACCACAAAUUCUCACCAAACACGGAUAUGGGGAUUUGAGGCCGCUCAACGAGGAUCUUUAUCCCCUUGUAGAGAUGCCCUCGCCUCAUCUAUGUGCCGAUCGGCUUGACUACUCGCUGCGAGACGCAGUGGGGUUUAAAAAGCUUGAGCUAAAAGAUGCCAAACGUAUUUUCGCCGCUUUGAAAGCUUUUCCAGAUGUAUCUUCUACACGUAGACUCCUCGUGCUGGAGGAAGAGCAGUUAGCCUUGGCGCUGGCAAGAGUAUACUUGGCAACAGACAGGGACGUCUGGUCAAACAAAGCUCACAUCGAUAUGUACCGAAGAACUGGCCAGCUGAUUGGAGAGAUAAUUGGAAAAGGAAGUGUGAAGGAGGAAUCCCUGUGGAGUUUGUCGGACCAGGAGUUUUGGGAGUUAUUGCGUAGUGCAGCUGAUGCCAAUGGCCUGGAGACAAUGAAUCGUUUGCAGUCAGAAGGUCUGCCCAAGGAAGAUGGUCUUAGUCUUCCACAAGGAACAAAAGUUCGCACACUAGACCCUGAUGUCUUGCUUGGAACUACGCAAGAGCCAUUGCCUUUGUCCAUCGUACUUCCUGAGUGGGCCCUUGAGAGGCAAGACUACAUUUUCAGUCGUGAAGUUAUGCGGCUUUGA